AUUACUCCCUAGCAUAGGCUUCUCCCUAUACAUAUAUUACGCCAUACCUAUGCGCAACUUCUCAAUGGAAAGGCGCUGAUUGCAUUGCCCUGAUGCACCUCAGCCCUGGCACCCUGGAGCACCCCUCCAGCUUCUGGAAGGGUUGCUCGGCUGCGACCAUGUAUAUGGUCGUAGCGGCGUGCCGGGCUUUCCUCUACACUGCAAACAACACAGAAGUUCACGGGCUCGAGAAAUUUCUGAAGCUCCUGGAAAGUCGCGCAGAUCUGGAAUCACGUACCCGCGGACUGAUCACUGUGUCAAAUCAUAUAAGCGUAAUGGAUGACCCCUUGAUGUGGGGGACAAUUCCGUUAUUAAAUUCACGGGCAUUCCAAUCGUCUAACCGCAGAUGGGCAUUUGGGAGCCACGAUAUAUGUUUCAGCAAUAGAGCUGUUUCUGCAUUUUUCACCUUAGGCCAGGUCUUGCCUACUCACCGGAGCCUUCAUUCUUCGUACGGAGGCCUCUUCCAACCCACCAUGACACAAGCAAUUCGUCUUCUAUCGCGCGGUCCCUUUUCUCCUGAACCAUACAUGGCGCCUGCUAGUCGGCAGUAUUGGAGUCUACAGAACGUCUGCGUUGAUCCGUUCUCAGAAGUGGCUACCGCAUAUACUACCACAGGCGAAGAUUCUCAUCUCGCGCCUUCGGCUUACGCUUGUAAUUCGUAUUCGUGGAUUCACAUCUUUCCCGAGGGUAAAGUGCAUCAGGCACCUAACAAGACAAUGCGAUAUUUUAAAUGGGGUGUCUCGCGGUUGAUUCUGGAGGCAUCUGAGUGUCCCGACGUUGUCCCAAUGUGGAUUGAAGGUACUGACCAAGUCAUGCACGAGGAUCGAACGUUCCCACGAUUCCUGCCCCGCGUCAACAAAAAUAUAAGCGUAACGUUUGGCGAUCCAGUUGACCUGGAGGAGCGGUUUGGUGAUUUAAGACGGCGAUGGCAGCACAUAAGGGCGAAGGCCGAAGGUGGCCAAGAUGUCCUUCCCCUUGGAGUUUUGAACGACGAACUCAAGUAUAGCAAGGAGGCUAUUGAGUUGCGCAUCGAGUGUGCAAAGAGGAUUCGAGAUCUGGUCCUCGCGGUUCGAAAAUCAAGAGGGUUGCCCGACGAAGACCCAAAGGAGAGCAGAGUCGAAACUUGGCUGCGUGAAGGGCCAAAAAUCGAGGGGAAAAUGGAUGAUGGAUCAUGGAUUCGAGAUGCUUAAGUGCCUGUAUAUUAUUGUUUUAUAUCAUUAGAUUUCAGUCACAAUUUCGCUAGUUUUACUCUAUCCAUAGCUAGUAAUACAUCAUCAUAGAAUACUAUUUUCUCAUUUUACGU